GAAUAAUUUCGAAGACGCACCGGAAACAGCGUGGGGUUAUUGAAGCCUUCUCAAGAUCUACUGGAUUCUCUGACUGCACAUCGGUAAACACUAUAGCACCAUCUACACAGUAGAGAAGAUGCUGAGAAACGCCUCCGCACAGAUACUGAAGCAGUUUGUCCGACACAGGACCGCAGACACAAGCCUGACCUUGGAGAAAUCUAUUAAUAAGGUGCAGAUUCUUGGGCGAGUGGGGCAAGACCCGGUCAUGAGGCAGGUGGAGGGCAGAAACCCCGUCACCAUCUUCUCUAUGGCUACAAACGAAAUGUGGCGGUCUGGAGAGGGAGAGCCAGUCGGCGCAGGAGACGUCACUCAGAAAACAACAUGGCACAGAAUUUCAGUAUUCAAACCAGGCCUCAGAGACGUGGCGUAUCAGUAUGUAAAGAAAGGGUCUAGGAUUUUUGUGGAAGGAAAGCUCGAUUAUGGAGAGUAUGUUGAUAAAAACAAUGUCAGACGACAGGCAACAACUAUUAUCGCAGAUAAUAUUGUGUUUCUAAGUGAAAUCCUGCGGGACCAGUAGAGAAGAUGCCUUCCCGGACAUUUAGAACCAAAAGACAAUAUUUUGUAUAGUGCUACUCAUCUAUAUUAAACUCUGAGGAUAUUUGUGUCUGCCAUUAGCUGUCACACAUAAAAUAAGAAAUGAUUUUGUUAUGAUUGUGUCAUGCUCUCUUAUUUCAUACAGAGGGCGCCAGAAGAUGCACUUUUUGACAUGUAAACACAUUUGAGGUCCCAUUAAGUUGAUUUGACUGUUUUUGUAAAAGAAUAUAUAUAGUUCUAAGUUCUAAAACAUACAAUAUAUAAGCAUAAAGCCCCGUCCAGUUGUAUUAUAAUGCUAAUGUUCAUGAGUGAAUGUUGCAGAUAGUCAGUAAAGGAUUUGUUAUGAAUACUCA